AACAAAACUUUAAAAGAUGUCAAAGUGCCACAUAAGCUGUCAAAAUUUAAAUUUUAUGUUCAAAAUUUGAAUAUCUCCUUUGGAGAUGGUCUGAGAUUCCUUUAAUUUGAUUAUAGGUAGGAACAAGAUAAGAGUCAUUAAUGACUCAGAGUGUUAAAUCUUCAACCCCCAGCGUCAUUUUUCUACGAACAAAGGUUUAGGUAAAUAGUCCAAUGGAGAUUGAGAGAAAGAAGAGGAAUAAACAGACUGAAAAAAUAUAAAUUCAUUGAAAAAUAAUGGUAAAUGCUUACCAAUAAUCCAAAUAGGGGAGCGUCGAUGAACCUUUGGCAUAUGAGAAUUAGUUGAGAUUGUGGUAGUCCACACUAACAUGAAAAAAACUGGAGUGAAAAAAAUAUGGCGUGAAAGAAUUGGCUAGAAGAAGAAACAAGAGAAAAAGCAGGAUUGAAUGGGGAAGGAAGGAGAAGACUCCUUUAGUGAAGAGAACAUGGGUAAUUUAUUCUGUUGUGUACAAGUUGAUCAAUCCACAGUAGCUAUAAGGGAGAGAUUUGGAAAGUUUGUGGAAGUUCUUGAGCCAGGAUGUCAUUACCUGCCUUGGUUUCUUGGGCAUCAGCUUGCUGGCCAUCUCUCUCUUCGUUUGCAGCAAUUGGACGUGCGCUGUGAGACCAAGACAAAGGACAACGUAUUUGUUAACGUCGUUGCAUCUAUUCAAUAUCGUGCUCUAGCAAACAAAGCAGAUGAUGCUUUCUACAAACUCAGCAACACAAGGUCUCAAAUCCAGGCCUAUGUCUUUGAUGUGAUUAGAGCUAGUGUUCCAAAGCUGAAUCUGGAUGCUGCUUUUGAGCAAAAGAAUGAAAUUGCAAAAGCGGUGGAAAAUGAGCUCGAAAAAGCUAUGUCUGCUUAUGGUUAUGAGAUUGUACAAACGCUCAUUGUUGACAUAGAACCAGAUGAGCAUGUGAAACGGGCAAUGAAUGAAAUCAAUGCUGCUGCAAGAAUGAGGGUGGCAGCUAAUGAAAAGGCAGAGGCUGAGAAGAUUUUGCAAAUUAAACGAGCUGAGGGUGAGGCUGAGUCAAAGUAUCUCUCUGGGCUGGGUAUAGCUCGCCAGCGUCAAGCAAUUGUAGAUGGUUUGAGAGAUAGUGUGCUGGGGUUUUCCGUCAAUGUUCCAGGGACAACCUCAAAGGAUGUCAUGGACAUGGUCCUUGUCACACAGUAUUUUGACACCAUGAAGGAAAUUGGCGCUGCCUCUAAAUCCUCUGCCGUGUUUAUUCCCCAUGGACCUGGUGCUGUACGCGAUGUUGCUUCUCAGAUUCGUGAUGGACUUCUUCAGGGUUCUCACCAGUAGUAGGGUUCUUCUACAAGCUUUUUGUUGCUCAUCUGCAGGAACUUCUUUUGGGUCAUUGCGGCGUGCUUUAUUUGUUUUUAGUUUUCUUUUUGUGGUUUAAUUGUUUAAUAUUAUAUGUGAGCAUUUACACUUUCUGGUGAGCGUAUAAUGAUCUUAUACAAUAAGAGUAUUCUUCGUGUAUUAACUUGAAUCAUGUACAGUUUCGCCUUUUACAGACGACUCUAAAAGCGUUUUUAUUUGUUUA